AGUUCCGUCUCGACCGCCGUGCCGUUCAGACGCGUGGAAAAUACGUCCGUCCAAUUUCGUAUAUAAUUUAAAAUCGAUCGCCUCUUUGAAGAGUGCACACGGUCAACGCGUGGAAAUCCUUAGGGUAAAGCCAGAGAUCAGCCAGGGGACUAAAUCACGAAGACUCAUGGCUUUGCAAACGGCGCGAAGAGGAUCAAGAGUACAAGAGCCGACUCGCUGUUUGAUCACCUGCAACGUUGAAUCCAAAGGGAGCGGAGUAACGUUGAAUAUUCCGUGACAAACGGACGACAAUUAUCUCUGAAACGCGGAAAGAACGCGUAUACACCGAGUUAUUUAUAUGCGUCACGUGAAAAAGAACAACUGCGGUUACGUUUCGAAGCAAUAGCUCGGGUAUCCGUAUAAUUGUUCGCGAAGAAACCAAGACAAUAGGAUCAUAACCAUCGCGUCGAGAAACUAAUCCCUCGACAAAAUCGAUCGAUCGUAUACGUACAUAUAUAUAUAUAUACACAUAGAAUAGAGAGAAUAGAGAGAGAGUUGGUUUUGGAGAUGCGUGGAGGAAUCCGUGGAAGCGGAUUGAAGCGGCGACAGGGUGGACAAUCGAGCAUCUCUCGGCGACUCGUGCGCGACCCCGAAGAGAGCGUUAUCGAAUCGAGGAUCUUCGCAGAUUUUCGGGGAGGUUCGUUCGGCCACGGAUUCUCCCGGGCAGCAGCCGGCACGGCUCAGUAUACUGCGUGGCAGCCUGGACCGCAGGCGCCUCCAGUCGAGGGCACGGUAGUUGGCGGUUGCGUGGCUGCUGUGCCGAUGCCAGUGCGCUUUUCACACCGGAAACUCUGCGUGCUUUUUGGGACGCGUUGCACCGCGUCGAGAAGAUACUCUGCCGAGGGACCUCGCGGAGAUCGCUCGCUGUCGCUCGCUGGCGACCCUCCACCGCCGCAACCAGCAGCUGAUCGCAACCUCGGCGGUUCAUGAGAUACCUACGCGUUGGAGGAAGAUGAAACUCGAGGAGGCGGAAGGCGAGAGUUUGGGAAGAGUCGCGAGGAGAGAGUCGGACAGAGAGGGCUCGGUCGAGCGAGGAGGGAAUUGAUCGUGAUUGCGUGGUCGAUCGAUAUUUCCCUUGGACGCAGAGGGAUCGAGGGGCGGUCGACUGGACGGACGGCUGCGGUGGAGCCGUCUCAGCGUUUGCACGCCGGAUGCUGGCUGCGAUUCGUGGUGCGGCGACCAGCAGCCGCGUAUAUGUGUGUGUGCCGUGUACACGGAAGAUGUACGACCACGCAUAGACCGUUACCGCGAUACGUGGGUGUCGUGCCGCGCGAUUCUUCGCAGUCGUUGGUUUCGAGCGAACGGUACGCGGUGUUCGUGGCCGAAAGAGCAGUAAAGGGGACCGGUGGUGGCGGACGGAGGAGGACGCCAAGGUAUUGCGCGUCCGGGGCGCGAGGAGGAGCGAGGAAGAAGAGAGAAAGAGGGAGGCCUGGAGAGAGUAAUGAUCGUGACGACGACGGUCGCGCGAACAAAUGAACACCUCGGCACAGCGUUCGGGAUAUUCCAACUUCCGGGAACGCGGUGGCACGAAAAUUACGGAUCACCCGUGGAAAGAAGAAAAUCUUUGGGAGGAACAAGACGCGCAUCCAUUCUUCGCCAAGAUUAUUUUCCCAGAGAGGAGAGAAUCGAUUUACCCUUCUUCUCUCCCCCUCCCUCUCUCUCUUUCCAUUCACCAUCAAGUUUCAGCAGCGUGAGCGAAGAAAAAUCCCUUCGAAUUUUUGGACUUAGACCGGUAUUCUUAGGCAGCCGCGCGUGUAUGUGGCUGAUACAGACGUACCAGUUCAACAACAGCCAACACGAUUUCGCUCGAGAGAUGUGAGGAAUGAUCACGUGGGUGAUGGUCGGGCUGCUCCUGGCUGCGGAAACUUGCGGCAGAAACGUCCUCUCCGGAAACGGAAACGGAAAGGAGGAGUCGAAGCAGAAGGACGGGCUGAAGGGAAUAACCGCGGAGGAGGAAGACAUCUACCGUCUAACGUGCUACACUUGCGUCAACGUCAGCGAUAACCAGAUGUGCAACGAAUGGGCGAUAGAUACACCGUGUCCGGCGGGCGGCCGGGACUUCUGCAGAUCGCUGCACAUUUUGGACAGCCGUGGGAAUAGCGUGUUGGUGAGCAAGAGCUGUGUGAGCAGCGCGGAAUGCGGCCCUGCCUCUGUCGGUUGCAUCCCUGUGGACACGCAGCAGAUUUGCAUCAGUUGCUGCGACCUGAGCUACUGCAACAUCGAGUCGCCGACCAACUCCACCAACGCCAUUUUCUCGCGCAAACGGCGCGCCAAAUCCAAGUCGAAACGCAAACGGCCCGGUAGGAACGGGGUCGAGGGCAACCGGUUCUACGGGGGUGGCGGCGCGCUCUGGCUCCUGGCCUCACUCUUCUAUGCAUAUCAUUGCUGAGGAAGCAGCAACGCGGAUGAAUUCUAGUUAGAAGACACGCGCACCAGGCAGCUCGGGAAUCAUCCUUUCUCCUACGAGUUUCGCGGGACGUGAAUUGAAAUCUCGCGUCUCCCGCGAGAUCUGUCUGUUUCUUAGCCGAGCGGAACGACCGAUUCUAUACCCUUGUACACUCUCUACGUCUUCUCGACUGAUAGCGCGUCCAUUUUUCCUUUCUUCUUUUCUUCUUUUUUUCCAUCAUCAUCUCUACAUUCUUUCGCGUUAUUCGUGAUUCUAUUCGCGAAGCUUCGGAAAAUCUUUGCCCUAUCGAUUUCCAUUUCCACCUCGUCUCGUCCCGGUAUCCCUAACGACGACGCGGAAUAAAUUGCGGGGAACGAUAUAUAUCGACACGAACGAUCGAGUUAUUCUUACGGCGUAAUAUAGUGAAAUUAGGAGUCUGUUCGUCUUCUAUUUCCUUCGUUAACCGAUCCGAGUUCCGAUCCCCGAACGAAGGGGAGGAGGGUUUGUCGCUCAGGAUCCUUCCGACAAAUCCUGCGCUGUCUGAAUAGCACGUAUAAUAUAACCGAGGGCCGAUUCAAAGACUCUCAGUGAUGGAAAAAGGAAUUGUUCUCUUCUCGUAGUAGCGUAGUUGCUAUGCCUUGUUAGAAAACGAAGAAGGAAAAAAAAAAAAAGAAAAGAAAAGAAAAACAAGAAAAAAUAAUAAUAAAUAAAUGAAUAAAAAAUGGAACGAAAGAUAUACAUAUAUAUAUAUAUAUAUACAUACAUACACGCGCGCGCGCGGAAGAAAUUAAGAUGUAAGUUGGAGUUCGUGGAUUCAAACGAUCGAUGAACUUCCAUCGUGUUAUAAUAUACUUUCUACAGAGUUGCAGUGCCAAACGAGAGAAACGAGGAAAAUCAAAUACCUUCCAUGCAACUAAUUUUAACGCACACGGGCAUUUCUUUUUCGAUCGAACAGUGAAUACCGAUACGUAAAAGUGGAAAAGUCCGUAUUGUUUUCGCGUUUUAAAAGGCCCUGGUUCGACACGCGGAAUUUCAUUUCGACUCCUCUCGAGGAGGGGUGGAAAAAAGAGAGAGAGAGAGAGAGAGAAAUGAAACGUUCGCUGUUCCCUGCUGAUUCAUUCUGAAUUUCAGUACCUGGUGGAACAACGAUCGAUCGUUGUCCUCAAGGCACUUGCUCAGUGAAGCUGUGAAUUCCCCGUACAAUUCACGACCAUGCGUUUCAUUCGACAAAUAAAGUAACAAAUCGUUUCUAUCAUUCCUUUCCUACCGUUUUUCUGUUCACGCUCGACGGUAUUCCGUUAGACUUCAUUUAUCUGGCAAUCGAUCCCCGAGUCGAAUAUUUAACCAGUCCUAUGAUUAAACUUUCUUACUUCUUAUUUCGAACGAGUAAAAACAUGUUGAUUCAGCUUACGCGAAAGUUCUUAAUUAAUCGAGUUCUUUAAUUAACAGUUGCAAGUUCAAAUAAAUUCGUAAUUAUGCAUUCGAGGCGAAAAGAAGUUGUUAAUUACUUCUGUGCGGUAGCAUUAUAUUUCCGGCUAUCUUAUUUGCUACUUCUUAACGACACGUUUGCAAACUUGAUAAAACUAUAAUUAUCAAUUUAUUAUCACGCGAGUUACAAUACUAUUCUUUGGUUGUUCAUCUUGGAAGUAACCUGUUUUAUACAAUUCAUCCACGGAAUGGAAAUCACGUGAGCGUGGUUGUUAGGUUCAUCCAAAAAUCAAUUUCUCCUCGAUUUUUACAGUUUCGAUUCAGUUUUAUGCAAUUAUAUCGAGUUUCUUAGGGGAAAAAGUUGGAAUAUCGCGGCACACCGACAAAUGGAGGAGUUCCCUCCCGUGCGCAGUUUGACAAAUAGAUAUGCAAAUCAUGAAUUACGCGAGCGGAACGCACGCGGGAUUUGAAUUAUCGAUAAACUGGAAUUACGCGUACCUAAAAGCUGUUUACAUACCUACAAACUCGCCUACUACAGACUAUUUACUGCUAUUACAAUUAUUAACAAUUAUAUAAAUAAAUAAAUAAAUAUAUAAAUGAAUAAAUGAAUAUAUAUUAUGAUAUAGAAAUUAUACAUUGUUUCGGCAUGAAGAUGUAAGAAUACUGUUGGUAAUGAAAUAAAGAAGACUAUAAUUGUCAGACUGGCACUCGA